AUGAAUUCCACAAGGAACGUGGACCAGCUUCACGACGAGCAGUAUCGCGUUAUUCUGCCCACGUUAAGUAGUCAAUUUGAGCAAAGGGACCAGCAACAUUCAAGGUUAGAUCCUCGGAGUUACAGAGGCAAACAUUUUAAGAAGCUUAACGCUCUAGUUCCAGUUCUGUUAAGAGCUCAUCGUAAUAAUCUAGAUGACUGGAAACAUUUGUUCAGCAACCAACAGCUUAAGCAGUUUUACUCAGUACUAUUGGAAGGUUUGCUGCUGGUUGUAUUUGAAUCUUCCAAUAGUGUAGUGGGUUUGGGUUCAAAUAUGGAAUUUUUAAAGUGCGUUUUAAGAACUUACGAGUACUUAUAUGCUGUGUCUAAGGAAAUGCCUUCUUCUGAGCUGGACAAAGACAUUGCUUCAUUUCAGCAGCACUUUAUGAAAAACUGGAAUAAAGUGCAAUCCGAAACACUUCUUUUCGACCAGGUUAGGGAUCUGCUUUCACACAGCCAUGAUAUAGUGGCUCCACCACUUUUCGACGAGAAAGAUGUCAUAAAAAGAGGUUACUUUAAGUUGUCAUGCCAGCAGUUAAAUUAUGACAACUUGUGGGUGGAGCUAUUCCACAUGAAAAAUGGCGGAGUCGCUAUCUUUGAAGUCAAUAGUCAGACGCUGCCAUUGUGUAAUAUAGAGCAAACUCACGAGCUCCUGCUAAGAAUGAGUAAAAGUAUUGAUAUGGGAUUCUAUCACGAUUCAUUGUUCCAGAUUGGUAGGACAUUAUUAUUCCCUACUAUUAGAGCGAUGGACCUACGCAUUGCCGAAGAAUCCAAAAGUAAAGUUAUCCUUCACACAAAAACGGGCAACAACGUUGCUCUGGUUCUAAACCCAUAUGAUACCAUAAGCUGGACGCAAUAUUGGAGUCCCUUAAUUUCUUCUUUAUGCGCCGAAUUACAACAGAACAAAGUUCUUACAGAUACAAAGAUAUCGUUACUGGGAGAUCUGAUUGCGAAACCCAGUGACGACUACAUGGAUUCAAAAGGUUCUCGAGGUCUAGGCAUCAGUUUUAACAAACCGGAUUCUGAAACUAACUUAAAAUCAGAACUGCACAGGUCAAAACCAUUGUCGCCAGAUUUCCCAUCUAUAUCGCAGAUUGAAUCUUUUGAUUUCAAAAAACUUAUGGAACUCAAUGACAGCACUGAUGCAUCCACUGCAGGGAGCUCCAUCAAAUCACCCGUUGCUGCUAACCUAAAACGCGUUGAAGGUCCCUCUUCAAUUCAACAACUAAGUCCUGUCAUUGGAUCUGAUACUGUUGAUAUUGACAGUAUAAUCUCCGAAGACUCUGGAAUAAGAAGUCAAACAGAUAAUACUUCACCUACAGUGGAAACGUCUCCAGUUUUCAGCCUCUCUGCUGAAACACACAGACCACAACUAACUAAGAGGAAGUCAUCUUCUCUGUUGAGCUUAUUUAAGAAAGAUAAAUCAAAGAACAAAAAGGAAUCCACUGGUAGCUUAUUAUCGCUUGAAGAUAAAGUAAAACCUUUAUUCCGUGAAUCCAGCGCAACUUCAACUCCGAACUUGUCUAUGCCGGAAUUAUCAACUCCAUCUUUACCAGCAGCUGCUACUAUGGAUACAAAAUGUGAAAUACCAUCCAAUAUCACAUUAUUCAAUGACUGCAUCUUGCUUGACGUAUCAAUCAAGAUCUCGUACUGGAGAAGCAAUAAGUGGCAGUACAUAUCAUCAGGCUGGGCUCAACUUCAAGUAUUAAACUCGAAUCAAGAUAAGUAUAUGUUUUUGGUUCGUGAUAAAAGCUCAAACGUUAAACUAUGCUUAACUAUAACUGACAAGUGGUCAAUCUCGAGAACUACUGCCCAAGAUAUUCAAAUUAGAAUUCCUGCUACUGACGUAGUUUGCUCGGUUGUGAACCCUACACCAACUAUGCUGUCGGUUAGAUGUCCACAGGUGGAGAGCAUAUCGAACGUACUAAAGCAUUGCAAAAGGAAAAACAUUAUCCCAACAUCCACCAAUCACAUGUCGAGCUCUGCCACCCAAUCAACUCUUCAAUCCAAUGAAUCAUCCAUCCUCAGCAAUGGAAAGUCAGAUUCAUCUUUCAGUAGAUCAAGCACUGCUUCCAAUGAUUUAUCCAGUAGCCUCUGCAACACCCAGUCUAUACCGAAUAGCGCAGAUUAUAAAUCGCUACUACUCUUAUCCAAAAUCAAGGUUAGACUACACAAGUACGAUGAACAAUACGGGUGGAAGAUGUGCAAGACUGGCCUCCUGAAUGUCUACUCCCGAGAAUAUAAUGGAUCUUUAGUGGGCUGUAAAUUUGAAAUUGAUGAAUCGGAAUCAAUUAUCUCUUCAUUUAUUGACCUCAAGAGAAUUGGGCGCACAGGGAUCGCAGCUGGCGAAAACUUAUUCGAGUUUAAAAACCAAUCCACGGCAGAUGAAACUUACAACCUACUAUGUGCCCUGUAG